AUGGCCUCACAGGUGGCUCCACAAGCAAAAGUCGAUCUGUCCAAGAAGCUCUCCGAAUUGCGCGCCAAUCGCCGCAAAUCCCAACCCGGCACCGCCGCCUCCUCCAGAGAACCGGCUCCAGUCACCCCGCCUCUGCCUGAACUCCCGAACCUCUCCUCCCACCAAUAUGUACGACCAGUGCGUCGGAUCCUCUCCAGACAUGAUCAUGAACUCUUCCUUUCCUCGCCAACGUACGAUCUCAUCCUCGCGUUUAUUUUCGGCCUCUCGGAUUCCGUCCGUGGAUACGCGAUCACAGACCUCGAGAGUCGACCCACCCCUCCGCAUAUCGCCAACAUCCUCACCGUCCUAGAACGGGUCCGCUCCCUCCUCGAUCAACAUCCCUCCAUCGACCAAGGCGGGUCAAGAUUCGGCAACCCCGCUUUCCGCGAUCUCUUUGACGAUGUCGCCGCGCAGAGCGCCGCAUGGCACCGUGACAUUCUUGGCCUCCAGGACUCCGCCGCUAUCGACGAGAUCUCAACUUACCUCGUCCACUCGCUGGGCUCGCGAGAUCGACUCGACUACGGCUCGGGCCACGAGCUGAAUUUCAUGAUGUGGCUGCUGUGCCUUCGUCAGUUGGGGGUCUUCUCGACGCCCGAUUUCCGAAUGGUCGUCUUCCGCGUCUACGUCAGUUACAUGCAUCUGAUGCGCCAGGUGCAGAGCACAUAUUACCUGGAACCAGCCGGCUCGCAUGGAGUCUGGGGUCUGGACGACUAUCACUUCAUGCCGUUUUUGUUCGGCGCUGCCCAGCUCGUCGGCCAUCCGUAUAUCACCCCGCUGGGGAUCCACAACACAGCUGUGCUGGAUGAGGAAGGCGACAAAUAUAUCUAUCUCGACCAGGUACGGUGGGUAGAUAGUGUUAAGACCGUAAAGGGCCUGCGAUGGCAUAGCCCUAUGCUGGAUGAUAUCUCCGGGGCAAAGAGCUGGAGCAAGAUCGAGAGUGGCAUGAAGAAGAUGUUCGUCAAGGAGGUGCUCGGGAAGCUGCCAAUUAUGCAGCAUUUUCUGUUUGGAAGUCUGCUCCCGGCUGUGCCGGAAAUGGGAGAGAUGACGGGCGAUGUGGACGAUGCAGACGACCAUGAUCACGGCCAUGACCAUGCCCAUGGCCGGGAGACUGAUCAUUUUGGCGACUGUUGUGGAAUCAAGGUGCCGAGUACGGUGGCUGCCGGGGCAGAAAUGCGGAAACGCAUUGGCGGCUCUGGAUUACGGCCGAUUCCGUUUGACUAA